CUUCGCUUCGAAGUUCAUGGCUGAACAUUAAGAGCUUCGUUCUUUGGCGAUUGUGCAUUCGCUUUGACAAUUACUUGAUUCUUAGGAAUUGGCUCAAGAAUAUUUGCCAUGAAAUUGAUUCCCUUACAAUUUGUUCAGUGAUUAAUUCGAUUGUGAAAUGGUUUUGAAAUUGAUCCAUUAAUCAUCUGUUGAGAUUCAAAGAGAAUCCAAAUGAAACUCCAAUCGACUCAAAGCCAUUUGAUCAGCUGUUUCUGAGAAUAGUAAACAAACUGUUUGACUUCUAUUCUUUUCUCGAUAAUUUCGAUUUAUUUUCUUCAUUAUUUUUAUUCUUUUGAAAUUUAAUGAUUUUAAGGUGAUAUUUUCCUUCUAGAAUCGUGAAUAAACCUGAAAAGUGAAUAUAAUUAGACAGGUUUGGCAAGUUAUCCUAUUCUCCCAAGUCAAGGAUCUGAUCAUCUUUUUUGUAUCUAUUUUGUUAAUACAAAUCAAAUACUAUGGAGCAAUUAAUGAGACUUAAUUCACAAACCAGUGGCAGAGACAAAGUGUUGAGGCUUUGGCAAUUCUCUUUUCGUUUAGCUUGGUCUUUAUUGGAAAAAAAGUCCUCAUCUAACAUGGAAACAAUUGCUCGUCUCAAGGAAGUGGAAAGUUUAAUAGGUUUCUCCAGAAGAUUGCUUCGAUUGGGCCGUAGUGUUGAUUUAAUGUAUUCGUCAAUGUCCAGUUUAUCAAUUUCCGAUCCAAUUCUGAGGAUGAUUGUCACCAGUUCCAGGAUAUCUUCCUCUUUGUUUCUAUUUGCUGACCAUUUGGUUUGGCUAAAGAAAGUUGGUCUUCUUCAGAUCGAUGAGUCCAAAUGGUCAGAUACAAGUAAUCGGUUUUGGUUAUACUCUUCAAUUCUUAAUCUACUUCGUGAUUGUCAUGAAAUUAAACUACUGAUUGAAAGUGAACAAAGAUUAAGGAAAAUUAAACAACAAUUGGGAUCGGUUGAAUAUCUAACUACUGUUGGGUCAAUUUUACUUAAACAUAAAAAUGUUUCAAUCGAUACAGUGAAAAACAUUUGUGAUACUUUACUACCAAUGGCCAGUUUGGGACAAUUAAAAGUUUCGCCGUCGAAAAUUGGACUCAUCGGUAUUGUUUCAUCAACAGCAGCGAUACUCCAAAUAGUCAAUCCGUCCUACCGAUUAUAACCUGUCCCUGAUUGCCAAUUUUGUAUUAAUAAUUAAUUCAAAGUCAAUUCUUUAUUUUGAUUUACCUCAUAAUCUGUCCAUAGUGUAACAAUUUAAUUCAUCUGUAACAGACUCAGUGUUGCUUAACUAAUUAAUAAGAUUAUUGCAUUUAUAUUCCUGGAUUAAUGGACAUCCAGUAUUUUGUAAACUGAACAAUUUAAAAAAUUAAAUCAAUCCAAUCCAAGGAACCGAAA